UUGGAAGCAUUUUCUGCAAACACAUUCCAAUGUCUUUUCGACCAUCCCUUCUAUCGCGAUGGCUCGCGCAGGCCGAGCUCACGAGAGCCGCACCCGCGUCUAAGCAGACCUUAUCCAUCCUCCAACGCCAGCCAUUCCUCAGCUCUCAAACGGUAUCCCAAACCAUGCGCCGGUCCUUGACAACGGCGGUCAACUAUACCAGUCGUGCGAUGCCACGAUCCCGGCCGGGGUUGCGAUCGGUGCAGCUUCCCAAACAAAGGACAAACCGGCGCUUCAACUCGGGAUCGUCGAGCAAUGCGUCCGAGGCCUCGAAAGAGGGAGCCUCGGUAUCGCAACGGCUACGCAAGCUGUCUCGUGAAUACGGCUGGGCCGCGCUGGGUGUGUAUCUGACGCUAUCGGCGUUGGACUUUCCGAUCUGCUUUGCAGCCGUGCGACUACUAGGCCCUGAGCGAAUUGGUCAUUAUGAGCAUGUGGUGGUGCAGUCGGUGAAGAAUACAUUCUCGUCGAUUUGGCCUCAGACAAAGACCGAGGGUGAAGAGGAGGCUAGCCUUGUGCAGACAGAGGCACGCAAAUAUGAAGAAGCUAGUAUCUGGACACAGCUUGCAUUGGCGUAUGCUAUCCACAAGAGUGUCUUCAUUUUCGUCCGAGUCCCAUUGACAGCGGCAGUGACCCCUAAGGUUGUCAAAGUAUUGCGUAGCUGGGGUUGGAACAUUGGAAAGCGCAAGCCCAAGACUCCCUGAGGACAGGGUGGUUACUCAUAAAGCAUAGCGAGAAGAAUCGGUGUUUGUGAUAUUUAGGGGAAACAUUGUACAUUAGCCAUUUUAGAUCUAAUCCCGGCGCAGACGCCCUCCCCACUCAAUCUACACGAUAUGAUACAACUCCACCAUAGCCAUCUAUCCCAGCGCCAUGAGACCAGAGAGCAAAGAGAGAAAAGAGACAAGGAUAAAGUAGGGAAAAGAGAACCAGGUACACAAACCAAGUAAUCGCAUUAGAACUCGCUGGGAAAUAGAUGAGCCGCCCUGAUAACCGG